UGACGGUAAAAGACUGGAAAUAGAGGCGGUGUGAUUCACGUGUUUCGAGAAAUUUCUCGUAACGUCUAAUUUGUACAAGAAAAUAAUAACACACGCGCUGUUUAUUUGCAUGUCCGAAGUUUGAAGCUAUCAAUUUUAUAAAUUUCGCAGUUUGAAAAGAAGCACCGGAUUUGUGAUUUUAGUUUUAUUCUCAGACUGAGAAGCCAUCAUUCAUCACUUAUCGGUUAUCGGCAACAUCAAAUUACACAAGUCACUAUUCACUGAAGCCAAGCUAAUUUAGGAAGAAGAUUUGAAAGACAUUAAGGAUUCAGUAUAAUCUCAAUAUUUUGAAACUGAAAGGGAUUUAUUAGAUCUAUACAUAACAUAUUUAUUAUAAUUUGUUGAUUUAUUAUUUAAUAUUUGUGCCGGCGUGGUUACUAAAAAAGUAUCAUCAUGUCAGUUGUGGGAAUAGAUUUUGGUACAUAUUCCUGUUAUAUUGGAGCUGCACGGGCUGGUGGAAUAGAAACGAUUGCAAAUGAAUAUAGUGACAGAUGCACCCCAUCUUACAUAUCUUUCAACGAAAAAAGUCGAUGCAUGGGUGUGGCUGCUAAGCAGCAAAGUGUGAUGAAAUUCAAAAACACAAUAUCUGGAAUAAAACGUCUAAUGGGUAGAAAGUUUUCUGACAAACUUGUUCAGUCCGAAUUAAAGAUACAGUUUCCCCAAAAUGAAAUAGUGGAAGACUCAAAUGGAAAUAUACUUAUUAAGGUGGAUUAUUUGGGUGAAAAUCAAAAGUUCAGUCCAGAACAAUUAACAACCAUGUUGUUUACUAAAUUGAAAUUAACUGCUGAAGCUGCUUUAAAAACCAAAGUUGUUGAUGUUGUUAUAUCAGUACCAUCAUAUUGUACUGAUGUUGAAAGAAGAGCCUUCCUAGAUUCUUGUCAGAUGGCUGGUUUAAAUUGUUUACGUUUGUUUAACGAUACCACAGCCAUUGCCCUAUCUUAUGGUAUUUAUAAACAAGACUUGCCAGCAGAAAAUGAGAAAGCUCGUAAUGUGGUAAUAGUUGAUAUGGGAUAUUCAUCACUGCAAGUUUCUAUUUGUUCAUUCCAAAAGGGAAAGUUAAAGGUUUUGGCAACUUCAAAUGAUCCUGAUUUGGGUGGCAGGAACUUUGAUCAUUUAUUACUUAAACAGUUUGCAGAGGAAUUCAAGGUUAAGUACAAAAUUGAUGUGAUGUCGCGUCCAAAGGCUUAUAUAAGACUUGCACAAGAAUGUGAAAAACUGAAGAAAUUAAUGAGUGCCAAUACACAGAAAAUUCCUCUCAAUAUAGAAUGUUUGAUGGAUGAUAAAGAUGUUUCAUCUGGCAUGGAUAGAGCUACAUUUGAAGAAUUGGCUAGUAAUGCUGGUCUGUUGACAAGAGCAGAGACUACCAUGCGAGCGAUUCUAGAUUAUUCUAAUGUGAAAUUAGGUGAUAUACAUUCAGUGGAGAUAGUUGGUGGUUCUAGUCGUUUACCCUGUAUUAAAGCUUUAGUUACACAAAUAUUUGGUAUGGAUGCAAGUACUACAUUAAAUGCUGAUGAAGCUGUUGCUAGAGGAUGUGCAUUACAGUGUGCUAUAUUGUCACCAACUUUCCGUGUACGAGAUUUUAGUAUCACAGAUUGUCAGCCCUACUCAAUUACACUACAUUAUACUGGAUGUAUAGAAGACGAGAAUUCAUUAGAAGUAUUCUCUAGAUUCCACGCCAUACCAUUCUCUAAGAUGUUGACAUUUUAUCGUAAAGAGCCAUUUGAAUUAACGGCCAGAUAUACUCACAUCAAUGAUGUACCUUAUCCUUCUCCUGAAAUAGGUACUUUCAAAGUGAAUAACAUUGUACCUCAGGCUAAUGGUGACAGUUGUAAAGUUAAGUUGAAGGUUCGAAUUAACAACCAUGGUACAUUUGUCAUACCCUCGGCCAGUAUGUAUGAAAAAUGUGAAAGUGAAGAUGAUACAAAAGAAUCUAUGGAUGUUGAUGUUGAUAAGAAAGUAGAAGAAAGUAAUAGUGAUCAAUCUAUGAAGAGUGAAUCUGCUUUUGAUGGAGAGACACCCAUGCAGACUGACAGUAGUCAAAGUGAAAAUGAAGUGCCACCUAAAGAUGAAGCCACUACUAAAGAAACUGAAUCAAAUACAGUUAAUGGAAAUGAAGAGAAAAAGGAAGAAGACAAGAAAAGUAAUAAGAAAGCUAAAAAGACAACGAGAAGUAUUGAUCUACCUAUAGAAUCUAGAUUUAACCAAAUUCCUAAACAACAACUCAAUCAUCUUAUAGAAAAAGAGAAUCAGCUGAUAAUGCAGGAUAAAUUAGAGAAAGAAAGAUUAGAUUCGAAAAAUGCAGUAGAAGAAUAUGUAUAUGAUAUGAGAGAUAAAAUAAGUGGACAAUAUGAACAAUAUGCUAAGGAAGAUGAUCGUAAUGCAUUGACCCUAAGAUUAGAAGAUACAGAGAAUUGGUUAUAUGAAGAUGGUGAAGAUGUCAAUAAACAAGUAUAUAUUGAUAAAUUAAAGGAAAUCAAGAAUCUUGGUGAUCCUAUUGUACAUCGUUAUCAAGAAGCACAGGUACGACCAGCUGUAUUUGAAGAACUAGCAAAAACUAUAUUUCAUUACAGAAAAUUCCUUGAUGCUUGGGCUAACAAGGAUGAAAAAUAUAAUCAUAUAGAAAAGGUGGACGCUGAUAAAGUUGAUAAAUGUUGUAAAGAGAAGAUGGAGUGGUAUGAAAAACAUUUGAAUCUACAAAAUCAAAAAGCUUUACAUGAAGAUCCUCCGAUACUUUCUAGUGAGAUAAAUGAUCAAAGAAAGGGACUUGAUGCUGUAUGUAAAUCAAUUGUAAAUAAAUCUAAACCGAAAGUAGAACCACCAAAAGAAGAAAAGAAAGAAGAGAAGAAGGAGGAGGGUAAAGCUGGUGGUGAUAUUAAAGAGACUCCUGUAGACGGUACAUCAGAUGUUAAACCAGAAACUAAUAACACACCAGAUAUGGAUAUAGAUUAACAUAUCAUGAUUGUCUUUAUUCUAGUACUAUCAUAUUUGUUUUUAAUUUGGUUAAGAAUUUCCUCGAGCUUGUCCUUGCUAUGUCUGAAUUGCAUCACUAUUUUGUUCUGCUAGUCAGUAAAAACAAAAUUUAUAGCCCAUUAGCACUAUUUCUUGUAAUAAUUAUCUUAUGUAUAGUUAUCAUAACAUUGAAUUAAUCUGUGUUUAGGGUCAAUGCAGAAUAAAAGAUGCCUUCCUUGCGGACAGCUUUUUUUUUGUUUUGGGUGGGGGUGGUAUCCUAACCACCAAUAAAAAAAAUGAUUUUUCUGCUCUCAAGUUCAUACUACCAAGAGAAUCUAAAAUUUGAAGUCACAGUUAAAUUAGUUAUAAUUUAGUCAACAUCUUUUUUUCUGUACCGCCCUUAGUUUAUCUCAGUGUUAAGGGAGUGGCUACUAAAGGUCACCACAACGGUAAAGAUCUGAUAUAUUACGAUAUAGUUAAACAUACAACUUGUUAUAAUUUAAUCACCAUAUUGAGUACUAUAUAGAAAGACUGUAGAAACUGUUGAGAAACUAGAAGUGCUAUAAAUCUCUGGUUGAUAAACUAGAAAGGAUAUAAAUCUUUCUUGUAUGUAAAUAUUUAGAAGAGUUUAUUGGUCAGUUGUGGUUACAAGAUCCUGUUAAUAUUAUUUACAACAAUAUUCAGCUGACCAGAUUAAAUGUUGUCCAUGUAAUGCUGUUCAAACAAUACUAUAAAAAAAAAUUGUAAUGAAUUAAAUAUAUAAGUAAUUAUAAUGAAGCAUAUACCCAAGUUUUGUAAUGUACUGUCAUUAUUCAAAUGAUAUUUCAUUUCUUUCAUAAAUAAAUAUAAAUCAUUCUUUUCAUCUAUUUAUUUGAUAAAAUUUGUGUUUAAUAAUGGUUACAUGUUGUUUAAGAUGUAUUCCUAUGACAGCCAAGGUACUUAUUCCAUUGUAUACAAACCAACGAUUGUAAUAAGAAUGUGAAUAACUAUAACACAACCCAGCUGCACAUCAAUUACAAUUUAAUGCCUAGCCACGUUUUUAAGAAGGAAUUUCAAUCGAUACAUUUCCUGUUCCCAGACAUUGAUUGUCAUUUACCACGGGUUAAUCAAAAUAUAAGCCAUAGAUUAUUUCCUAGCUUGUAUAAGUCAAAUUAACAAGGGGUUCCAGCAAAAGAUUCUACCCAUCAUGGUGGUAUACCAGAGGAUAUGAAACGUUACAAAAAUUUCAAUUCAUCAUGUCUUUGUUAAUACUGAACGGAGUUUUGAUAAUAUUGCAGUUUGCAAGGGAUUCAUGUCCCUCAAAUUGUUGAUCAGUGGCAUGAAUUAAGCAUAGAAAAAACUUUUUUGGGGGGGGAUGGGGGCGAGCCAAAGGACGAUUUAAUUAUCCUCAAAGGAUAUAUAUCUUGAACAUUGAAAUCAGUAUUUCAUGGUAUUAUCAUUUGCAGAGAAUAUAUCAAGAACUAUUUAUUGUAAAUUUUCUUUGAAAUUUGUAUAGUGGAUAUAUGUAUAGCAUUGUAUUAUGGUACUGCAUUUAUAAAUACAGACAGAAUAUACAACAUAUUAGUAAGCACACAUUACUACUGCACACCAUAAAGUCAAAAAUAAGAUCAAUAAAUUUUGAAUUCAUCCUCCAUUUUGUUGAUAUUUACUUGUUGAAUAGUGUUAAGUUUCUUCUUGAUCAUAAUAAACUACAUACCAUUAUUACUGUA